AUCAUUUUCACCUGCAGUCGGAAAGCUUGAUCAGUCCCUUAAUGCAGGCCAUUUCCCACCAGCACUAUAAGGUCCGCGUUGCUGUCAUUCAUGCCACAGGGUCCGUGAUCCAAUUCGGCAACGUCAAAUCGCUGGAUGAUGUGCUUUCCCACCUCGCCCAGCGAUGUUUUGAUGACAUCCCACAGGUCAGAGAGGCUGUUAUCAGCGUAGUUGGUGAAUGGCUGUUGCACCUGCGGGAUCGCUAUUCCUAUUUCCAUAAAUUGAUCCCUCUCUUACUCAGUGGCCUGACUGAUGAAAUGCAUGAGAAUAAGGAGCUGGCGUUAACCUACUGGAAGAAAGUGGGGUUGCAGUGGGAAAAAGAAAAUGAAGACGAUAUUAAGGAUAAACUGGAUUUUUAUGCUGAGCCUUCUUAUUAUCCACCAGGACUAACUCGUCCAGAUCUGGGAUGUCGAGAGCUGGUAACCAGAAACAUCUUCAAAAUACUUCCCGGCCUCUGCCACGACAUCACCGACUGGGUCGCAGGCACCCGAGUAAAGGCAUCCCAGCUCCUGUUUAUAUUGUUACAGCACGCGGAGGACCAUAUCACACAACACAUGGAACUCCUCCUGCGGACCUUGUACCGCGUGUGCUCCGAUGAAGAAAGCAGCGUGGUUAGCAACCUUGAAUCGAUUUGUCACCCUUUCCAAACCUCUCCAAUGUUGCAAAAUGUCAAAGAUGCCCUGAUGCCUCCGAUCAUUGUGACGCUGGAAGAAGAUUCCAAAAUGACCCGUUUGAUAUCUUGCCAAAUUAUCAGGACUUUUUUAGACAGCUGCAGAAAACAGCCCGAACUCAGCAAAAUUUAUCCAGAACUCUUGAAGCGCUUGGAUGACGUCUCGCACGAUGUCCGUUUGGAAGCCGCUGCGGCCUUGACCAGUUGGUUCAGAUGUAUAAACGACCCGGAGACAAAAGCUCUUCUGAAAACCAACAUUCAGGUCCUCUACCAAGAGCUGUUAGUUCACCUGGAUGACCCCGACCAAAACAUCCAAUCGGCUGUUUUAGACACUUUGAAAGAAGGGGGCGUUCUUUAUCCAGACCUCUUGGCGAAGGAAAUCGAAGGAGUCGUACACAAACAUCGCACUCCAAUCUAUUGUGACCAGCUGCUUCUCCACCUUGAAUCAACGGGAUGGAGCUAUUCUGAGUCCUAAAUGCCUCGGUGGGCCUUAAUUAAUGGUGCCUUAAUUAAUUAAAAAUGGGAACCUUUCCAUUUGUUCCCCAGAAAAGGGGUACUUCAAUAAACAGAGACAUUUUAAGCUGGAAGAAGCAUUCACAUUCUCCUUGCAUUCAUGAAUACUGCAAAACAACAACAAUCCACCUUCAAUAAUAUUUAUUGCUGCCAAUCCUGAAACUAACAUUGUUGUGGUUAAGUUUAAAGAACGAAAUGGCAAUGUGCUAGGACAAACUGAUAUGUAGCUUGAAUGAUCCACAGCUAACAGAGUGAAAGCCCUUUUAUUCCGCAAACAUUGUUAAAAUGGAUAGUUUUUAUCAAAUUAACACUAGCUUGAACCCAUUUCUGGCAUGUGAUACUAGAUACUCAGCCAUAGGAGCAAAAAGCAGGGAAUUUGUCUCUCUGUCUUGAAAUUCAUGGUGUGUAUCAAAUCUAAAUGCCACCCUGAGUAUGUUUUUAUAGUACCUUGAUUUAUGAUGAAAUAAGAGCAGAGUUGUAUAUAAACAUAAUUUGAGAACAGGUUUUGAUAAGAAGUUUCAAAUGGAUUAUUAAUGAAGUUAGCUCUUUCUCAGAGUCUUUAUAAAAUGAGUUUCGGUGUUCGUUGGUUGUGCUUUCGCUAAUUGCUCUGGUUUUAAUUCAUGCUCUUCAUUCUUACGAUAUUUUGAAUGUUGCCAUUUGAUUUCCGAAUACAGCUUUACAUUUUGUGAUAAAAUAAUUGUGUCCCUAUAAACUCUGUCUCGGACAUGGAGGGAAAAGAUUGUGGCUUCUGGAUUGCAAGCCAGACAUUCAGAAAAUAGCCGUAAUUUUAAAUGCAAGAUAUUUCUAAGCCUUUUAAACACCAAUAAAUUCUUAUGUAUUGAG